UCUCUACCGUAAUGUUACAUAUAGGACCUUUAAAAUAAGGUACCAUCCAAUAGUGACAGCUUUUGUGCCAUUAUUUCUGAGAGUGUACACAUACUGUAGCAUUAUUACCCAGUGAAUCAGCUUUUCUAUACACAUAGGCCUGGUUCUCCCUACUGACUGGUCUUGAAAAGGUGAAAGGUAGAUACAAGGUUAGUUCAUGGGUGCUAAUGCGGUUAACAGCUAGCUCUACUUGGCACAGUUCAGAACGGAUGGCUCAGCUAAUCGGCAAGCCUGUUUGCAGCAGGACUGGGUCAAAUCCACUGUCAAAGCAUUAUUCCUGUUCCUCAAAGCUUAUUGGAAGUUUCUCCUUUAUCACCACAUCUUAACGUGAACUUUUGAACUUAUUCAUCCAGUAUACAUUUACUUUACUUUCAAGUUUCCAGAUGGGGCUGAUAUCCAAACUUAUCCAUUUCCACCAAGAGGAUUAUUCUCAGGCAGAUUAGCUUGGCUGCCUCUCUCAAUCCCAAUGUUAUUGCAGUACUGCACUUGCACAGUACGAACAGUAAAGUGAAGAAAGUUCUGGAAUGAUUGGGCUGGAUGUGUAUCUAUAUCCAGAUGGUCUGAGGGUCGCUUCACCAGAAGAUAUAGAGAGGUGGGAAUCUGAGAGGGAAAUGUACAACCAGGAUGUGCGUCUCUUUGUGGCUCUGUACUCUUACAAUCCUGCUGUGAUGUCGCCAAACCCUGACACAAUGGAGGAGGAACUGCCAUUCGAACAAGGACAGAUUAUUAAAGUCUAUGGGGAUAAAGAUGCUGAUGGUUUUUACACUGGGGAGUCGGGUGGCCGCUGUGGUUUUGUGCCUAGCAACAUGGUAUCUGAAAUUACUGUGGAAGAUAGAGAGCUUAAAGUUCAACUAUUACAGCAGGGCUUUGUAUCGGAAGAGACAUCUUCUAUAGCACCUAGUGAAUCUUCCUGUGUGCCAGACGAUGUGAAGGUCCACAGGAUGGUGGCCAUUUAUGAUUAUGAUCCUUGGGAAAGUUCUCCGAAUAUGGACAUUGAGGAUGAACUUCCUUUCCGUGCAGGAGAUAUCAUAUAUGUUUUUGGGGAAAUGGACAGCGAUGGAUUUUAUUAUGGAGAUCUACAUGGCUAUCGAGGUCUUGUGCCUUCAAAUUUCUUGCAACCGUUGGCUUGGGACUAAAGAAAAGGAAUAAUCAUGAUCUGAGGUCCCACCUUUAAACCAAUCUGAGUAAAUGACAUUCAAAUGAAUUUAUUUCUUCCAUUGAUUUCUAAUACUACAGCUAUUUAAAACAGUUAGCGUAUUAUAGCCUUAAAUGACUGGUAAUGAUUUUGUGUCUACUUUUUAUUGCUGUAAUAAUGUAUUUAUAAAAUUGUAAAAUGAUUUUGUAAAAAAACUUAACAACUGCAUUUAUAUAUUUUUAACAAUUUUGUUGCACUUUCAUUUAAAAUUAAACAAUUUCUCUGAA